GAGAAACCCGGUUCCCCCAGCGGUCCCGGCGCCUGCGCGCUGCGGGCUCCGGGCCUCCCGGCCUGAGGGAGAGAAGCAGGGAAGAUGGCGGCCGUGGUCGAAAAUGUAGUGAAGCUCCUUGGGGAGCAGUACUACAAGGACGCCAUGGAGCAGUGCCACAACUACAACGCCCGCCUCUGUGCCGAGCGCAGCGUGCGCCUGCCAUUCUUGGACUCGCAGACGGGAGUAGCCCAGAGCAACUGCUACAUCUGGAUGGAAAAGCGGCACCGGGGUCCAGGAUUGGCCUCUGGACAGCUGUACUCUUACCCUGCCCGUCGCUGGCGGAAAAAACGGCGAGCCCACCCCCCUGAGGAUCCACGACUUUCUUUUCCAUCCAUUAAACCAGACACAGACCAGACUCUGAAGAAGGAGGGGCUGAUCUCUCAGGACGGCAGUAGUUUGGAGGCUCUGUUGCGCACCGACCCCCUGGAGAAGCGAGGUGCCCCGGAUCCCCGAGUUGAUGAUGACAGCCUGGGCGAGUUUCCCGUGACUAACAGUCGCGCAAGGAAGCGGAUCCUAGAACCGGAUGAUUUCCUAGAUGACCUUGAUGAUGAGGAUUAUGAGGAAGACACUCCUAAGCGUCGGGGCAAGGGAAAAUCCAAGGGUAAAGGUGUGGGCAGUGCCCGUAAGAAGCUGGAUGCUUCCAUCCUGGAGGAUCGGGACAAGCCCUAUGCCUGUGACAUCUGUGGAAAACGCUACAAGAACCGGCCAGGCCUCAGUUACCACUAUGCCCAUUCUCACUUGGCUGAGGAGGAGGGCGAGGAUAAGGAAGACUCUCAGCCACCCACGCCGGUCUCCCAGAGGUCCGAGGAACAGAAAUGUAAGCCAGGGCGCUGGGGGCCUGGUCCUGCAGGCCUGGGGGUGGCCCAGAGGCCUGUCAUCAAAGUUCUUCUCUUCCCUGCAGCCAAGAAGGGCCCUGAUGGGUUGGCCCUGCCCAACAACUACUGUGACUUCUGCCUGGGGGACUCAAAGAUCAACAAGAAGACAGGGCAGCCCGAGGAGCUGGUGUCCUGCUCUGACUGUGGCCGCUCAGGGCACCCGUCCUGCCUCCAGUUCACACCCGUGAUGAUGGCGGCCGUGAAGACCUACCGCUGGCAAUGCAUCGAGUGCAAGUGCUGCAACAUCUGCGGCACCUCCGAGAACGACGACCAGCUGCUCUUCUGUGACGACUGCGAUCGUGGCUACCACAUGUACUGUCUCACCCCGUCCAUGUCGGAGCCCCCAGAAGGAAGUUGGAGCUGCCACUUGUGUCUGGACCUAUUGAAGGAGAAAGCGUCCAUCUACCAGAACCAGAACUCUUCCUGAUGUGGCCGCCCCUGCUCCCCGUACUCCUAGAGCCGUUUCCCUCCUCCUGUCUUGGUUUUCAUACCCAGCCCAACUUACUCCUCCUCCUCCUCUUGUCUUUCACAAGUCCAGAGAACCUUGGGGUGGUCAUGCCAACCUGCCUCUGGCAGCAGCAAACUGGGGUGGCAGCUCUGACCACCCCGGGCCCCAGGCCCUCAGGGAGACGGAGCAGCACACUGCCCCAAGGCUUACCUGUGGGCCCGCUUCUCACUGCUCUCAUGAAGUGCAUUCACUCUGCCUGCCUUGGGCCCCAGCCUGGUGAUCACAGGGUUCAGUGUCGUCUCAGAAGGGGGUUGGGGGGGGGGCCGCCGUUCACUUCUCUCUUGGCUCUGCCUCCUCUGUGGUCUCCAGGCUUUGCUCUUCCCCAGAGGGGAGCCUGGCCGGGGCCUUUUGCUAGGAGCCAUGGGAGUGAGCAGCGCCUGAGCUGCGGCCACGCUGCAGGAGCUGUCCUUGCCCUUCGUGCUGCUGCUUGCUUCGCCUUGCCCCUUCCUGCAGGGUGACUCUGUCGCCCUCUGUUCCUGCUACCCAGGAUCCUCUGCCUGAGCGGGACGUUCUUGCUCACCCUCCUGGCUCUACCCCGUCUCUGUCCACCCCACCCGAGGGGGAGUGGCAGCUUCACCCCAAUUUCUCCUUAGGCUCACCUGGCUCAUUGCCACAGGUGGUCUCUGGCAACCGAAGCAUUCCCCACCCUUGGAAUUUUCUGUCUUCUGUCACCCCUCCUUAUUCCCUUUGGUUUUGUGGGGACAGCAGAAGCAUCAGGGGGCCAGGCCAGCACUUGGGGGGCCACAGGGAGACGUUGGAUAAUGUGCCUGUUUUUUAACUCGACGAAAAAGCCUACCUCCGAAAUCCCCUUUUUGUUCUUCCUGGACCUGGGCACUCAGCUCCUGCCCUUAACCGAAUUGGAGCCUCUGCCUCCUGCUCUGUGUUUCCUGGCUCCUGGCUCUUGGGGAAGCCACUUAGACACCCCUUUCUUCCCUUGCACGCUCGCUAGCAGCUGGUAAGGUCUUCACACCCUGAUUCCUCAGUUUUCUGCCUGGUGACAUUGACAUUAAGUAGGGGGGACAGCCUUGCCAGGACACCUGGAGUGGCCUUCCUCUUGGCUGUGGGCAGGCCCUGAUUCACUGUUGCUUUGGAGUUGAGGUCUCUUUCUUUCUUUAGCUCCUGUACUCUGAACAUUAGUACAAAUAAACGUUUUUACACAGA